UUUCUGGAGCUCGUUUCCAGGAGCUGUGACGCCUGCUGAUAACCUGGAGGAGCUGGAAGAGAGGAAGGAGGUGUCCAGUUCUGACAGCCAAUAGCAAAAGCUUGAAGCAUCCAAGGAGCCAAUAGGCUGACUGCUCCAAACAAAGCGUGCGGUGAGCUGAAGCAGAGGCAGCAGCGGGACCUGUCCUCCACCAUCCUCUGCUUUUUCCACGGCCCUGAGGAAGCACACAUCCAUGUCUCAGUGCCCUGAACACGCUCAUGCUGUUCACUCUCCUGACAAACCCAAGCUCCAGAAACAGUAGCUCCUCUCAGCUGUUUGUGUAGGAAGAGCUGCUAACAGACAGAGAUCCUGGCAAUGCACACGUGUGUGUAAGCGCCCCCACCCCCACCCCCAGCCCAGAGCUUGGUUCAGUCCCACCGGCGAUGAGACGGGCCAGGGCCUUCAUCUUUUUCUAGACAUUUUCUUCUACAUUCUGUGUCUUCAUGCUUUGGGGGUCCUCAGGUGCCCCCACCCUGUGUCAACCCCCCCACACCCGUUGCCACCACGGCAGGCCACCCCAGUCGCCUUGUUGCCAUGCCGACAGAGACAUUGGCUCCAGCCCUGCCAGAUAGCAAGGCUGCUGGCUCUGCAGCGCCCUUCAGCUCCGCUGUACCCCUGCGCAUCCUCAACAAGGGCCCCGAGUACUUCAGGAGACAGGUGGAACCAAACCCUAAGCGCCUCAGUGCUGUUGAAAGACUAGAAGCUGACAAGGCCAAAUAUGUCAAGAGCCAGGAAGUCAUCAAUGCCAAGCAGGAGCCAAUCAAACCACCUGUGCUCGCUAAACCUCCUGCUGGACACCCCCUACUGUCCAAGAGAGGCUCUGGGAUUGGUGGAGGAGGCAGUGGAGGCGGGUUACCUUUCAAAGCAUCCAAUAACAACGCCAAAUCAGACAUGUGUGCAACAAGCUGUGGCAGCAUCAAACGGGAGAAUUUAAACCUGGAGAUCCUAAAAAACCUGCUAAACUCAUCAUCCUCUUCAGGAGCAGGAUCUGAAGGACUAGGAGGCGGAGCUAAGAGUGCUGUGCUGAUGAGGUCAGCAGGGGGGAUGGCAAGGAGUUGGACACCAUCCGGGAUGCCGUUAACCUAUCGCUCUACAAUGACCCUUAAUGAACAACCGCCCGACUCAGCUCCCAGUCCCAGCACCUCUCACUCCCUCCGAUCCUUCUCCCAUUCACUGAAGGUCCCCCCGAUCAACAGCGGGGGGCGUCGCAGUCCACAACAGGGAGGAAACCUGAACCUUAGCAGACGAGUUCUGGAUGAGAGAGGAGGUGAAGAACGAGUUAUGGACCGUUCCCGCUCCCCGCUGCCACCUCUGCUUACCUCCCACUCAUCUUCCGACCUCCUGCGACUGUGCAACGGCAAGCCACUCCGUACAGCCCGAUCCAGUAGCUCCUCAGCUCCACCCCUCCCUCCAAAACCCAAACCUGCCUCCCUCCCACCUCCAGCACUUUCCUUGUCACUGCCUCCCCCUCGUCCAACCCCAUCCCCCUCACCCUGUGACAACACCACCCCUCAGUCACUACCUUGUGAUCUUGGAGACCCUUCAAAUAUGUCUGCAGAUCCCAACCUGGAGCUGGAGCCCGGUUCAUCAGUGGCUCGUCGCUCCUCACUACACCGAUCUAAAUCCGACCUGUCAGACCGUUACGCCCGGGCUGGAGCUGACGUCGAACGCUUUUUUAACUACUGCGGCCUUGACCCCGAGGAGCUGGAGGCAGUCGGUCCAGAGAAUUUUGCACGGGCCAACUCAGAUAUUGUCAGCUUGAAUUUCAGAUCAGCUUCUAUGAUUUCCUCUGACUGUGACCGUUCUCGGCGAUCUUCCAACGAUGGUCUGUCAGACGGGGAUGAGGGUGAGGACGAAGAGGAGGAGGCAGGGGAGCGUGUGCCAUAUGGCAUUUCAGCUGUGGAGCGAAAUGCAAGGGUCAUUAAAUGGCUAUAUAGCAUUAAGCAGGCAAGAGAGACACACAAAGUGUCCCAUGUUUAGAAUUGUUGCUGCAGUGGAGGUACAACUAAAGACAAACUGUCCUAACCUCUGAAUGAAGGUAACGCUUCUCACGGAUGAAGGACUGAACUGUUUUCAGCUGUGGAGCUGAGUGAGCGAAUGGAAGGAAGGAAAGGUCUGACAGGUCUAAUCGAGGUAAGAAAACAAAAUAAUGUCUCAAGAUUAU